AAAUUAGCCGGGCGUGGUGGUGGGCACGUGUAGUCCCAGCUACUUGGGAGGCUGAGGCAGGAGAACGGCGUGAACCUGGGAGGUGGAGCUUGUAGUGAGCUGAGAUUGCACCACUGCACUGCAGCCUGGGGGACAGAGCGAGACUCCGUCUCUAAAUAAAUAAAUAAUAAAUGAAAAAAAAAAAAAGAAAGCAUCUGUCCCUCAUCAUGUCAAUGGUCUGUAGCAGUCAGAUGUGUUUCUGGACAUCUCUGUGCUGUGAAAGAGCAGGUGAAUGGGAGGCUGGGGCUACCACACAUGCCUGGUUUCAGCUUAUCAGGGCUGAUUUAUGGCCAAGCACUCACUGUUCUUUGGGGGAAGAGAGUCCUUAUAUUUGAUACUUAAGCAGAGACCCAGUGACCUUGUUUGUUUGUUUGUUUGUGACAGUCUUGCUCUGUCACCCAUGCUGAAGUGCAGUGGUGCAAUAUUGGCUCACUGCAACCUCCGCCUCCCAGGUUCAAGUGAUUCUCCUUCCUCAGCCUCCCGAGUAGCUGGGAUUACAGGCACCCACCAUCAUGCCCAGCUAAUUUUUGUAUUUUUAGUAGAGAUGGGGUUUCACUAUGUUGGCCAGACUGGUCUCGAACUCCUGAACUCAAAUGAUCCACCUGCCUCGGCCUCCCAAAGUUCUGGUUUACAGGUGUGAGCCACCACACCCAGCCCCAGUGACCUUGUUUUAAGGACAUGACAUGGAAUUCCUGGAACUGGGAUCCAUUUUGAAGAGUCAGUGGUCCUAAGUUGUCAUCAGGCAGGGGACCAGGUUCUGCUCUGUCUGUUGGCCUCUGCUCCAGCCUGUGCAGGCUGUGUGGACGCGUGCCACCUGCAUCAGCGGGCACCUCGCAAGGCUUUGUGGAGCUCCAGUGAGUAGCCCACUUACAUGUGUCCAUCUGGCUUGGACUUUCUGUACUUAGUCCCAUGGCUGUGCUCCUGCAGGGCCAGGCAGAUGAUGGCAGCCGAUAAUGUGCAUCUCAAAGGGACGACCACCCGAGGAAGGAUCCACAGGAAAUGUCGCAGGGGGUGGGUCGUGCCACAGCCCCUGGAAACGAGCCAGGAUGUUGCCCUUGAUCUUGCCUGCAUUCUGGCUUUGCACAUUGAGGGAGCUGCUUCGGCCCUUCCCUUGGUCUCUGGCUGUUUGAGCUUUAUAUAGAGAGCCGAGUAGGAGUCAACUCUUUGGGGCUGUCUCUUGUGAAGUCCUUCUUACCACACGCCAUGCUUUUCUGGGCAGUGCAGCUGCAUCUUUCACACAUGGCUAUUCUUUUAGCAGUUUCUUACCCUGUGCAGUUUAAAAACAAACAUCUUACCUAACCCGGAGUGCUUUCUACAUGCCCAUGACACCUUUCUCCUUACAGAGGAUGAAGAACCACGGAAAAACUUGGGGCUCCGAUAUUGCGAACUCCCUAAAUUCUCCCACCUCCUUUCCCACAUAACCUGAUGCUCAGCCUACUGCUGACAAGCGUCAGCCCAGCGGAGGCCCGUCUGCUCUGCCUUCGUCAUUUCUAGUCCCCUUCGGUUAUGUUUCGUGUUCCUCAUUCUCACAAGAAAGAAUCCCUUCCCUUCUGCAGAUGGACGGCCCGUCUAUAGGCUGGUGCCAUCCUUCGAGGUCAGCUGGUGAUACACACUGAGAGGGAACCUAGGUCCAGAAUGUGCUUGUCAGGAAGGGUGUGCAGCCCAGGGUUCUCUCCAUGUUCACUGACUCUUUCCUUUGUCAUCUUCAUUCUGCCGUUGAGCCUAUCUAGUGGGUUUUUACAAUUUCAGUUACUGUAUGUUUAGUUCGAAGUUUUCCAUUUGCUUCUCCUUUAUACCUUCUGUUUCUUUCCUGAGACUUUUCAUCAUUCCCUUUAUGUUAAGAAUACCCCUCCUUACUUCUUGGAGUGUUUUUUAUAAUAGCUGCUAUGGAGUCUGUCAGCUAAUUCCAAUGUCUCUGUUAGCUCAGAUAAGCUGUUGCUCAUCUUUUCCCAUGCGAGUUGAGUAUAUUCACCUUCUUUGUAUGCUAAGUGGUUCUGGAUUGGUCCUGAACAUUCUGAAUAUUACGUUAGGAAGCUGUGGUUCCUGAUUCAGUCCUCUGGAGAGUUGUUGGUAGCUUGGUUUUGGCAGGCACUCCACCAGCUUGGGUUCAGGUUCUCAGUCCCUACCAUUCUGCUGUGGGUUUUGGUGCCGUUUUCCAAGCCUUUGCCCACUCUUCAGAUCUGUCCACUAUGUAGCACUCCAUGGCCUGUGUGGGCCCCGGGCAUGCUCCGUCCUGACCUUCAGUGCUCAGGGUCUGUGCUUGAGGGCUUUGUUUACUUAUGCCUCGCUCAGGGCUGAGCCCAGGAGCUCGUAACAACUUGAUGGGGUUGUUUUCCCGAGCUCCUCCCUCUCUGCAAUCUCUCGAGCACUUUCCGGUUUCCUGGGCCUCCUAUCUUUACCCCUUCAGCCAGGAGGCAGGGCUUCAGUUAUCAGCUCUGCCACGCUUCUCCCGUGACUGAGCUUACUUUUGUGGCCAAGCAAGAAGAGGACGCAGAGAAAAAAAGCCAGGGGGUUUUUCACCCUCUUUGGACCACCGUUCCUCCAGCUGGAAAGGAAGGUUCCCUCAGAGCUUCAGACACCUGCAGGCUGACCCCUCUGCUGGCACUGUCACUGUUGCCACCACUGCCGCUGUGGAAUUUCCUGGGGACCAGGGCACCAGAGAGACAGGGAGAAAGGAAAAAACCCAGGGAUCUGGCCCACUGUCUCAGAACCAGGUGACCCCUUUCCUGUUACUAGGUGCUUCUCCUGGAGCCCCUGGGCACACUCUUGCUCGCCUCUGGAUAUCGAGUUGUAUUUAGUCCAGGCUGGGGAUACCAGGGUCAGGGACAUGGCAAACUCACUGCAACCUUGGUGGCACUUCAAAUUCUGGUCUUCAACCCCCUUCUACCUGCUACUGGUCAAUUCUCAGAGGCCUCAGUAGCUCCUUUGUGUGCCUGUCUAGCCUUUUAGCCACGUUCAGUGGGCAGGGAAGGGUGGCGGGGGUGGUGCUUACUCCCUGUGGAGUAACCAUAAGGAAACCAGAACCAUAAGGAAAUGAGAAGAUGUGUUUUAAAGGCCUUAAACAGAAACGUCUGGAUUACAAACAGAAAUGAGGAAGUCAGGAAUAAAGUAAAGGGUGAAUGAUUAGGUGAGAGUGAGCAGAAGCGCCUGAUAUGCAGGAUCCUGUGGGCCUCUGGAGCCCACCCCCUAACUCCCUCACCCAUCUUUCCAUGUGCACCUUGCAGAGGGAGGAGGGAAGCCCUCUGCACCCACCCCGCCUUCCAGGUUGAGACAAAGGCUUCGACCGUCAGCACGCGAGCCUAUCCUUUCCACGGGGAGUGUCAGAAAGGUAUCGAUGGAGACAUGGAAAGGGGUUUCUAAGAGUCAGGAGUCUUUAAUCCAUGAUAUCAAGUGUCUGUAUCCAGGUAGUCACCCAUGUGCAGAGCCUCAUGCUGCACGAUUGGAUCUGGGCUUGAUAAAGAAUUUAGUGUCUCAAAGCAGAUCUCUCUCUCUCUCUCCUUCUUUCUCUCACUCUCACCCUCUCCCCCCUUUUUUUCUCAAAAAACAAACCUUUUAUUGCAAGAAUGAUUCUGGCUUUGUUAAAAGACUUUCUCAAGCUGGAUGUGGUGGCUCACCCCUAUCAUCCCAGCACUUUGGGAGGCUGAGGUGGGAGAGUUGCUUGAGUCCAGGAGUUCAAGGCUGCAGCGAGCCAAGGUUGUGCCACUGCACCUUAGCUUGGGUGACAGAACGAGACUGUGUCUCUAAAUUAUACUAAUGAUGAUAAUAAUACUAAGCAAAUAUUGUUAAACAUGUAUCAACCAGAUAAGGGAGGAUUUCAGAAGACCACAAAUGACCUGUAGAAAACAGUAGAACACAAUAACAAUCUUCCGAUUUCUCCGCAUUGAGGGGCAGGUUUUGGGUUGGCCACAGCCCAGAGGGAGGUGGGUAGUGUGGGGGAAAUUAAGAAAGCCUCAGCAAAGGUGCAGGGUGUGUGUGAGAGGGAGAGGAAGGGAAUAGCGGCCUGAUUAGGGCAGAAGUUCUUUCUUGAAGACACCAACACCGAGUGCUUCUGUGAGGUUGCUUUGCACGGUGGCCAUGUCCCCUCUGUCUUUGCUCCCUGCCGAACUGCGUGGGCAGCUACAAGCAGCUCCAGAUUGCAGAGCGCCUUGGGCCCCAGCCAGAGAUGGCAGGUGUCACAGGUAGGCAGGGACAGACACUAGUGGCUCUUGAGCAGGAGGCUCACUGUGGCCCGCCAGGCCAUCCCUGGAUCCAGGAGGAUUUGCCCAGUCUUUCCUCCCAUAGAGGCAUGGAUGUCCUCAGUGCACAGCUGUUAGCUUUAGCCCUUCAUGGGGCCAGCGGGAGCUGAGCACCAAAUCCAAAGACGAUGGAGGUUGGUUCCGUUCCACCCUCACCUACCUUGGGUUCUGAUAUGGUUUGGAUCUGCGUCCCCACCAAAUCUCCUGUCGAAUUGUAAUCUCCAGUGUUGGAGGUGGGAGGUGAUCGGAUCAUGGGGGCGAAAUUCUCAUGAAUGGUUUAGCGCCAUGCCCCUUGGCACUGUCCUUGAGAUAGUGAGUUCUCAUGAGAUCUGGUUGUUUAAAAGCGUGUGGCACCUCCCCUCAUUCUCUCUCUUGCUCCAGCUCCUGCCACGUAGGACGUGGCUGCUCCCUCUUCACCUUCUGCUGUGUUCAUACGUUUCCUGAGGCAUCCCCAGAAGUCAAGCAGAUGCCAGCAUCAUGCUUCCUGCCCAGCCUGUAGAUCCAAUUGAAACUUUUGGUUUUAUUCUUUAUAAAUUACCCAGUCUCGGGUAUUUCUUUAUAGCAGUGCAAGAAUGGCCUCAUUCACAUUCAUAAGGCCCGAGUCCUGCAUCUCUUAGGGAGCCACUCCCUGUCCAGUAAUUAAGUGCGGCUGUCUCCAUGCCAAGGGGUUGGGGCAAUAUUCGUUUAUUUUGCCAAAUUACUUAAGAGUGGAAGACCAAGUCGGUCUCUGUCCGAAUUGAAUUCAGCUGUCCCGGAGUCAGCCGCUAUGUCCUUUUGUGAAAGAAGUACAGCCUGUCACCCAGGGAGGGCGUGCCUUACGGUGGGUUCUAACACGCAGUUGCAGUGGAACCAACUCAGUCAAUGGUGAUCGCUGAUGGUAAACAACCCCUCACCCUGCGCUGUCUCUGUGCCUGAAACUCGAGGGCCCAGCCCUCGACUCAGGAAUUACCUAGGACCAAUUAAACAAUGACUAAAGGGCAAAGUGUAAAUCCAGGUGCUUGUGUGAGGUGACUUGAGUUGGGACUUAGGACAACUUCUGAAAAAACAAGAAAUUUCAAAGACUCCUACUCUGGAGGAGCUGUUGAUUGAUAUUUAUUUAUUUAUUUAUUUAUUUAUUUAUUUAUUUUUUGAGACGGACUCUUGUUCUGUCACCCAGACUGGAGUGCAGUGGCGCAAUCUCGGCUCACUGCAACCUCCACCUCCCGAGUUCAAGCCAUUCUCCUGCCUCAGCCUUGGGAGGCUAAUUUUUGUAUUUUUAGUAGAGACAGGGUUUCACCGUGUUGGCCAGGCUGGUCUCGAACUCCUGACCUCAAGUGAUCCCCCUGCCUCGGCUUCCCAAAGUGCUAGGAUUACAGACGUGAGCCGCUGUGCCCAGCCGAGCUGUUGAUUUAUAACCAUGGUGUUUCUUUUCUUCCCUCCCUGAUCCCCUGGGGGCUGACUCACCGCUUGUUUUCCGCAGUGUGGUAGAGUUGGGUUUGUUGUGGAGCCUUGGGCAUUGUUGCUGAGUCAAGGAAGGCAGAAACAGUAGAUUGUGUGCUCUGUGCUGUGAGGAAUGUAUCCCCUGCACUGCCUGCCUUGUGCCCAGCACUUAGCACAGAGCCUGCCCUUCACAGGCGUUUACAAAUGGACCCAGUGGGCCAGGUGCACUGGUUCAUGCCUGUAAUCCCAGCACUUCAGGGAGCCAAGGCGGCAGGAUCACUUGAGCCCCAGGUAUUUGAGACCAGCCUGGGUAACACAGUAAGAUCUCAUCACUACAAAAAUGUGUUAAAAAAUUAGCCAGGCAUGGUGGUGCAGCUACUUGGGAGGCUGAGGUGGGAGGAUCACUUGAACCUAGGAAUUUGAGGUUAACAUUGAGCUAUGAUUGCACCACUGCACUUCAGCCUGGGCGACAGAGUGAGACCCUGUCUUAAAAAAAAAAAAGGAAAAGAAAAAAGAAAGGACCCAGUUGAAGCCAUAGUUUUGUGAGGUCGUCUUCGUGGAGAACUUAAUGCGUUUUAUUCUCCCACUGGGUUGGGGAACCAGCAGAUGGCCCCUUCUCUCUUUUUUUCUGUGAACUGUGAACCAAAUUUAGAUGUUUUCCUCUUCCCGGAGGUCAUAAAAUAGGACCUAUCUUUGGAUAUAGCCAUUAUGACAGUUUUAGGGGAGAACUGCAUUAAGCUUUAUAAAAUGUUAUCUCAGAAGAGAAAUGGCAAGAAACCCUAGAGGUCCAAUGGCCUCUCCCUGUUAAUAACCUGUUAACAAGCAGACAUCCCCAUUCCCCUUCCCGCUUCCCUCAAAAGGAGACCCCAGAGAACUGUUCCGGUUGGUGGUGGCUCCGCCUUGCUCGAACUCCUCUGCAGGCUCAGCUUUCCUUCUGAGCCACAUAGAAUCAUACUCUCUACUUCCUCGCAUACAGCGACUCUCACACAUUUAAAGACCACCGUCUUGUCUCUCAUGUUACUUACCCCCAUGGUAAAUUUCAACUUUCUCACCCUUGCUCAUGUGAUAUGAUUAUUAGACUCCCUAACAAUGCUGGCGGGGUUUGUUUGGGAUUUCUUUGGAUGCUCUCCAGAUUCUUGGUAGCUCUCGCCUUUUCCCUAUCAUGUUUUUUUUUUUUUAAGAGACGGGGUCUUGCUGUGUUGCCCAGGCUGGACCCAAACUCCUGGGCUCAAGUGACCCUCCAGCCUCAGCCUCCCAAAGUGCUGGGAUUACAGGCAUGAGCCGUUGUGCCUGGCCUCCUUUCAUGAUUUUUUAAGUCUUGCAAGCACUUAUUAAAUGAAAAUGCCUUUGCAAGGUUGUUAUCCUUUCUAAAACGACGCAUUGGCCAGGCGCAGUGGCUCACGCCUGUAAUCCCAGCACUUUGGGAGGCCAAGGCAGGCAGAUCACGAGGUCAACAGAUCGAGACCGUCCUGGCCAACAUGGUGAAACCCCGUCUCUACUAAAAAUACAAAAAUUAGCCGGGCAUGGUGGCACACGCCUGUAAUCCCAGCUACUCAGGAGGCUGAGGAAGGAGAAUCGCUUGAACCCUGGAGGUGGAGGUUGCAGUGAGCUGAGAUCAUGCCACUGCACUCCAGCCUGGUGACAGAGCGAGCGAGGCUCUGUCUCAAAAAGCAACAACGACAACAAUAACAACAACAAAAAGCUAGCCAGGCCUGGUGUCAGGCGCCUGUAAUCCCAGCUACUCGGGAGGCUGAGGCACCAGAAUCGCUUGAACCUGGGAGGCAGAGGUUCCCAGGUUCCAUUGCAUCGUGCCAUUGCACUCCAGCCUGGGCAAGAAGAGCAAAACCCUGUCUCAAAUCAAUCAGUCAAUCAAUCGAUCAAUCAAUCGAUGCAUCCUAAUGGGUUUCUUUGGGCUUAAGGUUUCAGGAUAACAAUGAGUAUAGAUUCUUGGACGUGGCUAACCACAGUAUUGCUGUGGAAAGUUGAUCAUUUCUCCUGAGGCAUGGAAUUGAACAGAGUGUUCCAGGAGCAGCCUGACCAGCAGAAGCAGAGGCGACGGGAGGAAGUGUGUGGUGUGAUUGGGACCCCAGUGGCUGGACUCUGCAACUGACCUUGCAGACUAUGGCAGGUGUGGAGGAAGGAGCAGUUCAGAUGCAGCCCCUUUGGGUGGAGCUCACCUUUGCUGGCACUAUGCCGUAGGGCCAGGUGAGCUGCUGUGAAGGACUCAUUCUUGGUGGCCGGCGGUUACUGGCAACUUGUGAGCUUGGUGGGCUCCUACUAACGCACCUGGGACACCAGGCUGCUGGGCUCCCCUCCAGGCAGCCUCCCCUCCAGGCAGCCUCACCAGCAGCUCCCCUGAGCCAUGGAGACCCCAGAGGUCCCCGUGGGCUCGCUAAUCGACUUUGGGCCUGAGGCACCCACCUCCUCUCCCCUGGAGGCACCACCCCCUGUGCUGCAGGAUGGCGAUGGCUCCCUGGGGGACGGUGCAUCAGAGAGUGAGACCACUGAGUCUGCGGACAGUGAGAAUGACAUAGGCGAGUCGCCCUCGCACCCGUCCUGGGACCAAGACCGCCGUUCCUCCUCCAACGAGUCCUUCUCCUCCAACCAGAGCACCGAGUCCACCCAGGAUGAAGAGACCCUGGCACUCAGGGACUUCAUGCGUGGCUACGUGGAGAAGAUCUUCUCUGGAGGGGAGGACUUGGAUCAGGAGGAGAAAGCCAAGUUUGGAGAGUACUGCAGCAGUGAAAAUGGAAAAGGCCGGGAGUGGUUUGCUCGAUACGUGAGUGCCCAGCGCUGCAACUCCAAGUGUGUCUCAGAGGCAACCUUCUACCGCCUGGUGCAGUCUUUUGCAGUGGUGCUGUUCGAGUGUCAUCAGAUGGAUGACUUUGGGCCUGCCAAGAACCUCAUGACCAUGUGCUUCACCUACUACCACAUCGGAAAACCACAGCUGCUGCCCCCGGAGUCCCGGGAGAAGCCCGCGGGCAGCAUCGACUCCUACCUGAAAUCCGCAAACAGCUGGCUGGCCGAAAAGAAGGACAUCGCCGAGCGGCUGCUGAAGAACACCUCGGCCAGGACUGAGAAUGUCAAGGGCUUCUUCGGGGGGCUGGAGACCAAGCUGAAGGGGCCCCUGGCCAGGAGGAACGAGGAAGACGAGAACAAACCCCAGGAGAAGCGGCCCAGGGCUGUGACCGUGUACAGCCCCGAGGACGAAAAGAAGGGGGAGAAGAUCUACCUGUACACGCACCUGAAGCAACAGCCCAUCUGGUAAGGCCGAGCCCGUGGCUUCCCGUCACCCUCUUACUGAUGGGGACAGCAGUCACUCCCCGGGAUCACUUCUAGCUGCCUUUGUCCCCAUCAGAAUGGCAGAAUUCUCACACCCACCAGGGGGGCAGAAUAAAAAGAUGAACACUCACAGGCGUUGGUGAGGAUGUGGAGAAACUGGAGAUCUCCUGUAUGGCUAGGAGCAAUGUAAAUGGAGCAGCCGCUGAGAAACAGUCUGGCAGUUCCUUUAAAGGUGAAACACAGAGUCACCCUGUGACCCAGCAGCUCCACUCCUAGGAGUCGCCCAAGAGAAAAACAUGUCCUCACAAAACCUUGUACACAAAUGUCUGUAGCAACGUCGUUUAUUAUGGCCCCGAGGUGGAAACCACCUUCAUGGCUGUCCAGUGAUGAAUGGGUAAACAAAAUGUGGUCCAUCCGUUGCAUGGACUAUUAGCCAGCCAUGAAAAGCAAUGGCAUGCUACUCCACGCUGCAGCGGGGAUAGACCUGGGAAACAUCGUGAAACUCAGUGGAAGAAGCCAGACACAGAAGCCCAAGUAUUGUAUCAUCCCUGUGAAAUGUCCAGAACUGCAGAUUCCUAGAGACACAGCAGAUGACUGAUUGCCCGGGCAGAGGGUGGGGAAUGGGGAGCGGGGCGUGACUGCUGAUGGGGAUGGGGCUUCUUUGUGGGGUGAGAGAAUGUUCUGGAAAUGGUGGUGGCUGCACAACUCUGUGAAUACACUAAAAAUCACUGAAUUGUAUGUUUUAGAGGGUGAAUUUCAUGGCAUGUGAAUUAUAUCCUAAUUAAGCUCUUACUUAUAUAUACGUGAAUGGAGGUCAUGGUUGAAGUGUGAGACCAGUGUUGCAGGGGAAAUCUCGGCCACCCUGGCAUAUGGCCCGGCUCCGCAGAUGAUGGUCGUGCUGCGUUAAUCUCUCUGAAGCCUCUCCUCGACAUAUUUUAGAGUGCUUUGCUAGCACCUGGAAUCAGCGUCAGACAGGCCCUCCCUCCCCUGAAGAUCACAGUUGUCUGUGGUGCAUUUUGCCCGUUAACCAAGCAAGGGUUACUUGAGGAGCUUGGCCAGGGAGUGCUGCCGGGACCCAGAGGGCAGAGGGCAGGGCUGGAGCUGUCAGGAAGGCCCUUGAGGAGGCUGGACCCGGUUCCCAUGGAAGCAGAGGAUGGGGAGAAGCUGGCCCGCUUUGUCCCGCCGUCUGGUGAUUCAGCUCAGCUCCUCUGUCCUUGACUUGGCUGCUGUCUUUUCAUUGUCACUUGGCAAACUUUUCUGUGAAGGGCCAGAUAAUAAAUAUGUUAGACUUUGCGGGCCAGAUGGUCUCUGCUGCAGCCACACCACUAUGCUGUUGUAGCGUGAACACCACCAGAGACAUUGUAUAAAUGGAUGAGCGUGGCUUGUUCCAAUAAAACUUUAUUUACAGAAACAAGCCACUGGCCUGCUUCAGCCUACACACCAUCGUUUGCCAACCCCUGAUGUUCUUUAAGAAGAAUUUUUCUGCUGGGCACAGUGGCUCAUGCCUGUAAUCCCAGCACUUUGGGAGGCCAAAGCGGGUAGAUUACCUGUGGUCAGGAGCUCGAGACCAGCCUGGUCAACAUGGCGAAACUCCCAUCUCUACUAAAAAUACAAAAUAAGCUGGGUGUGGUGGCGCAUGCCUGUAAUCCCAGCUACUCAGGAGGCUGAGGCAGGAGAAUGCUUGAACCUGGGAGGCAGAGGUUGCAGUGAGCCGAGAUUGUGCCAUUGAACUCCAGCCUGGGCAACAAGAGUGAAACUCCAUCUCAAAAAAAUAAAUAAAUAAAUAAAAUAAGAAUGUUUUUUUC